CUCGUCGUUCGUUGCCAACCAAGACUGCGCGCAGGAGCCAACGGCCACCAUCUCCUCCUGCCCUUCCUUGGCUCGAUCCUCACCCUUCCUCCUCCCCCCCCAGGCCCAACCGCCGAGCGGUCGCGAACUUCGCCGUCGCCAUGACGGAGUCGCGCCGCGCGCCGUCCGGCUGCGCCAUGUUCGGCAUCUACAGCGGCAUGUUCCGCCGCCGCCGCUCCGCCUCCAUGUCCUCCCUCUCCCGGAUCAACGGGUCCCCACAGGCCGCCGCCGCCGACAGCGAUGCCGCGCCGGCGAACCCGGCGCAGCGGAAGGCUGGCGUCCACGACGAUUCCGCCCUCGUGCCCCGCCCCAAGGUCAUGCCUUUGCAGCCGCAGAUCAACGGCGCGGCGGCCCAGGCGGCGCAGCGUCCGUCGGGCGACAAGAGCAGGCCGAACAGGACGAUGAAUGGUGGGGCGAAGGCGGCGGCGGCGUCGCCUGCUGUGGAGUACACCGGCAUGGCCGCGGAGCUGGACAAGAUGAUCCACGACCACCAGAGGGUGAAGGGCACGACGCAGAUGAUGCGCGCCACCUCCGGCAACAUGAUGAUGCACCGCAACCUCGGCAACCUGAACACCGGCGCGUCCGCCCGCAGCUCGCUGGAUCGCAGCGCCAAGGCGGCGGCCGCGAACGAUCGGGCCAAGGCGGGGCCGCCGGGCAGCAACGGGUACGCCUUCUCCGGCAUGGGCAACAUCGUGAGCAAGCCGGCCGACCAGCUGUGCCGGGCGCUGUCGCACCGGACGGACCCGGAGAAGCUCAAGGAGAUGGGCAACGAGGAGUACCGUGAGGGGCACUACGCGGAGGCGGUGGCGCUCUACGACCAGGCCAUCAUGAUGGACCCGACGCGGCCGGCGUACUGGAGCAACAAGGCCGCCGCGCUCGCCGCGCUCGGCCGCCUCAUCGACGCCGUCGCCGACUGCAAGGAGGCCGUCCGGAUCGACCCCUCCUACGGCCGCGCGCACCACCGGCUCGGCGGAUUGUAUCUCAGAUUAGGAGAGCCAGACAAGGCCAUAAACUACCUGAAGCAGUCGCCCGUGGACUCUGUAAGCGCCGACGUUUCCCGCGCGCAGUCGGUGAAGGGCCGCAUCGCCAAGUGCACCGACGCGCGCAAGGUCAGGGACUGGAUCACGGUGCUGCAGGAAUCGCAGGCCGCCGUCUCCGACGGCGCCGACUGCGCCCCUCAGGUGAUGGCGCUGCAAGCGGAGGCCCUGCUGAAGCUGCAGCGGCACGACGAGGCGGACUCGGCGCUCCGCGGCGCGCUCAGGUUCGGCGUCGACGAGUCCGCCAAGACCUUCGGCACCACCGCCCACGCCUACGUUCUCAUGGUCCGAGCCCAGGUCGACAUGGCCGCCGGAAGGUUGGAGGAGGCGGUGGCGACGGCGCAGACGGCCUGUGAGCUGGACCCGGGCAGCCGGGAGACCGCCAACGUGCACCGGCGCGCCAAGGUGGUGGCGUCGGCGCGGCAGCGCGGCAACGACCUCUUCAAGGCGUCCAGGUUCGCCGAGGCGUGCGCGGCCUACAGCGAGGGCCUGGACAAGGGCGAGGGCGGCAGCGCCGUGCUGCUCUGCAACCGCGCCGCGUGCCACGCCAAGCUCGGCCGGCACGAGAAGGCCGUCGAGGACUGCAACGGCGCGCUCGCCGUGCGGCCCGGCUACAGCAAGGCCCGCCUCCGGCGAGCCGACUGCAACGUCAAGCUGGAGAGAUGGGAGGCGUCGUUGAGAGACUACCAGGUGCUGAUCCAAGAGCUCCCCGAGAACGAGGACGUGAAGAAGGCCCUCGCGGAGGUUGAAGUCAAGCUCAAGAGCCAGAGGAAUUGAUGGGCAGCAACAGCAUCUACGUCAGGUUUGUUUGCUUCUGUCGGCUAACGGAGAAAUCAGCAGCAAGUUCUGAAGAGGCAAAGCGACUCUGCACGCGCCGUUGCGCGGCUUGUUUUAAGCCAAACCUGUGUGCCUUUUUUUCGCUUUGUUGUUAAACAUACACCGAACUACAGAAAGAGGAUGAAGUGAUGGAACUGUACAUAACACUACUCGCUCCAUUGUUUGUGAUGUGUAGUUAGUUGGUUUGUUCGGGUGUGGGGCGCCGGUGGUGGCGCCCAAGACUUCUGAAGUUUGCCUCUGAAACGGAACAGACGGAACAGCUGUACACUAAGAUGAAUGUUCAUUCCAAGCAGAGUAUCUGAAUGUGUGCUUCCUUCUGCUGAA